AUGAAAAUCAAGUAUCAAGGAAACUCAAGGGUGAAACGUGCUCAGUUACAAACUUUGAGAAGAAGUUUCGAGCUUUUGGAGAUGAAGAAUGGAGAGUCUGUAACAGACUACUUUGCUAGAGUGAUGGUGGUGGCCAACGAUAUGAAGAAUUGUGGAGACGACAUGCAAGAUGUCAAAAUUGUGGAGAAGAUCCUGCGCACAUUGGCACGAUUGAAGAAUCUAAAGACAUCGAUAGUCUCUCUGUUGAUGAGCUGCAGAGCUCACUGUUAG